AUGAUCCCAGCUUCGGUCGACUGCCGGCUGGUCCCCUGUCCAACUAUCGCCGCGCUGUUCUUGGAUUUUGCGAGAAUCCGUCCCUGGAAUCUUUUCAGAGAACAAGCGCCUUCCGUUUCUCCCCCUUUGCGAGUGAAUUCUUUCUCUAGAAUCCCGUCUCUCUUGUACGAGGUGCCGCUCUAUUUUGGCGCAAUGUCCUUGGAUUUGCUUUUGAAUCGUGUGUCCUGGGAGUACCAACGGAUCUCUGUUGCUCACAAUCCUCGGGAGUUCAUACCCUUUGGCUUCCGCCUUCAAUAUCUAAGCUACAAGAUUGGAACUCGUGAAGGCCAUCCGGCUGAUCGAUGGCAUGGCAACGAUAGGGUACUGCAACGAGCAUACCACUACAGGAACAGCCCGCAGCAAAAUGCCUUAACUGUCAGGCCGAAUGUCGUGUACUACAAUGACCCCAAAACGAACGUUCACAUCGCUCGUGUCACGGAAGGCGCCGUGCGUGUUAUUUUCAAGGAGAAGUCGUUCAAAGGGUGGUGCUUACAGCAUGCCCUUAUCUUAGGGAUGGACAUCAUUCAUGACGAACGGGGGGAUUGGCGGCGAAAACCCUGGUGUCGCCUCGUGGAGCUUGAGCCAUGGAUGCAGCUCGACGAGUUCAAAUAUGAAUUUGACUGGAAGGAAGGAGAGAGUAGCAAGAUUAAAUGUUCGUCGCACGACGCCUUGUUGCUGGCAAAGAUUGUCAUGCUGCCGGGUGAUGAGCUGUAUACCGUUCAGCUGAAUGCUGCUUACAUGAAUGAGCUGACAUAUUGGUGGCCAUGGUGA